AUAGAGUUUAACUUUAGUGUAUUGAUAAUCUAAUCUCAUAUUCUAUAUUUGGAUUUCGUUAAUGUUGGUCCAAAAUCGAAAUCCGAGAAUGAUGGGGUUGCAAUUUUUACAUAGUUAGGGUUAGGGUUGACAGAGUUGUUACUCUUCCUUUUCGGUGGGAGUGGGGACUCUCCCCCACCUUUCUCCUCUCUGUGCAAAACCGUUACCUUUUUUUCUUGCCAAUAACCAAUUACGCGCUUUCGGUUGACACACUAACACCUAACAUAACCAUUUCCCAUUUCAUUUCUGUUUUGUGGUUACUUUUUUCUUUUCUUUCCAUUCUUUAAUUUCGUUCCUUCUUAGGGAGAAAAAAACAAGGGUUCUUGAUCUGAACUAUUUGGUUGAACCUUGAAUGGUUAUGGCAGUGGAAGAUUAUGAUAUUGAAACAAUAACAACCUUCACCAAAGAUCAAGCUAAGGUUACUGCUUCGCGCUAUCUCAGCGCUCCGCAGGGUUCGUGUCAUGAUUUGUGCAAAUUCGGCAUCCAAAAUGCCACCACCGAAGCUAAACCAUGGAAAAGAGCAAAGAAAAGGGUAACUGUUUCCACAGGGGGAAUCAAAAACAAAGUACAGGAAGAGAAUAUAACUUCUUUGGCAUGGACAAAGAAAUCAGGCAUUAAUUCAAAGCCUUAUACAACUUCAAAAUUUGGAAGUUCCAAUACUCUUGCUGACAUCAAGGAAGUAAUAAAUGAAGAAACAGUCAAUUCAAAGAAAAAUUCACCACCUUCUGCAGAAACAAAUGUUUCCACCAAGGAGCACAAUAACAAUGAUCUGAGAAAAUCAGUAAGCCAUUCAAAGCCUUCUCCAAAAUCAAAAUUUGGAAGUUCGAAUAGUCUUGUUGAUACCAAGGAAGUAAUAUAUGAAGCAACAGUCAAUUCAGAGAAAAAUUCAACAACUGAAGAAACAAAUGUUUCCACCAAGGGGCACAAGAAGAAGAAGCAGAAUAACAGUGAUCAAAGAUUUUCCACCAAGGAGCAGACUAACACCGAUUUAAGAAUUUCAACCAAGGAGCACAAUAGGAGGAAUCUAAGGCAAGCACAGCAAGAAUCUUCAAAAAUUCUAGCUUUUAUUGGAGACAAGGAAUAUCCAAGUCAUACAAAAGGGGAGACAAUAAAAGACAAAGUUGUUUCUUGUUCAAGCAGCAGAAAACACUCUGAAAUCAAUAGCAAACAGAAGACAAAGCCAUCGUUAAUUGAAGGCAAGGAAGUAACAAGAAGAUGUACGACGAAGAAAGCUUCAAGCUUGAAUGCCAAGACUACCAAGAACUUGAAAAGUGUGUCUUCUAGGAAAGGUAAUGGGAAGGUUGAAGCCAAACCUGAAUUAGCCAGCAAUGACAUUCUACAUGAAAUUGUGCAUACUCUAGAUGACGAACAUACUCUACCUUCUGACCACAACAGCAUGUUGCCUUCAGCAGCAACGAAGGGUCUUAAUCAUGCUGGACAUGGAACUUGUCCAAGUGAGUCUAUGUCUAUUCUAUCCGCUGGAGGUGAAGGCAAGAGAUCACAUACCCGGACACUAUCGAGUUCAUCUCUCUCUCUUAUAUCCUUUGGAAACAAAGGCAAGAUAUCACAUUCGCGGACACCAUCAGGUUCAUUCCUCCCUCUUAUAAACUUUGGAAGCAAAGGCAAGAAAUCACAUUCGCGAACACCAUCAGGUUCAUCUCUCCCUCUUAUAUCCUCUGGAGGUAAAGGCAAGAAAUCACAUUCACGGUCAAUAUCAUUAUCUGAUUUCUCAUUAAACACUUCCAAUGGAAAACCUGGCAAGAAAUCACAUUCACGGUCAACAUCAUUAUCUGAUUUCUCAUUCAAUGGAAAACCUCUUGUAUCCUCUGGAGGCAAAGGCAAGAAAUCACAUUCACGGUCAAUAUCAUUAUCUGAUUUCUCAUUAAACACUUCCAAUGGAAAACCUGGCAAGAAAUCACAUUCACGGUCAACAUCAUUAUCUGAUUUCUCAUUCAAUGGAAAACCUCUUAUAUCCUCUGGAGGCAAAGGCAAAAAAUCACAUUCACGGUCAACAUCAUUAUCUGAUUUCUCAUUAAACACUUCCAAUGGAAAACAACACGAUGAUGCUACUUUGAAGAAGACAGGAAACAGUGAAAAUGUGAAGAUGGGGUAUCAAGUCAAGCCAAGAGUGAGCACAGUAGUUGGGGAAACAAAUAAGGUUGCUCCUCGGAAGCUUACUUUUAGGAGAGGAAAGGUGAUUGAAAUUCAGCCUGAGAACAACAACAUUCCAAGGAGACUCAAAUUCAGGCCGGUGCGCACCCUUAAUUAUGACAAUCCUAGAGAUAUCAAUGCUCCUACAAAUGUCAUAACUGAAAUAUAUUCACCUAAAUUCCAAAUCGCAGAAGCAAUUAAAAUGAGAAGCAUUGCAAGAGAGACUGGUACAGAGGUAGAUGGUUCAAAACCAGAAUCUGAGGAGGAAGUGUUACUUAGGCCCCCAAGUGUGGAGAAGAAAGCAAACCGGCGUUUGUAUAACAAUGUGAUUGAAGAGACAGCAACCAUGCUUGCUGAGGUCAGGAAGAGCAAGGUCAAGGCACUUGUUGGUGCAUUUGAAACAGUAAUAUCUAUUGAUUCCCGUAGACAGUCCAGGUCCGCUUUACCAGAAGUAAGCACACCAUGUUAAGUUUGCCUCAGGUCUUGAAAUGUGUUCAACAUGUAAAUGGUGUGUAUAUAUAGAUGAUUAAGCAUGAGAGAUACAUACAUGCAAGAGGAAAUGUCUGAUUCUGAGAGUUGAUUUUCUGUCACAGCUUUCUGAAACUGCAAUUGUUUGUGGCUUGGAUUUGUUGAGCUGGGAUUGUUAAUGCUGUUUCUUGUACUGUUAGUGGUUGCUAAUAAAGAAUUGGUGAAUGAGGGGAUUUCACUGUUAUUUUGUACUGUUAGUGAUUUAGUGGUUGCUAAUAAAGAGAUUUUGCACUAA